UAGAAGCUGCGUUCUGUUGAGCGUGGGGGCGUGAUGUAUCAUGGGUAAAAAAAAGUUGUUUGCAAAUCAGUUCCAACGCUGCUAACAGAGACGAGCACAACAGCGAGACUUUUCUUCAAAUAUACCCAAAAAGUAAUGUCUGGACGGAGUAUGCCGACCUGUCCUGCCUCUGCGUCUACGGGCUUCAGCUCGACUCCUGUCAAAACUAGCCAGAGAAAAGAUCACGACACAUUCAAGGGCAUGGACGACGGCGUCCUAACCGACGAGGAAGACACAUUCUCUCUGCUCUCUCCCAUCUAUCAUGACAGUUUUGACAGUGAUGAAGACCUGGAGCCCAGCCCAGCUUCACCUAGGCAAAGCGACAACUCCAGACUCAGUGUCUCACCAGUCAGAUGUGAGCUACCAAGAACACCUUCAGUGAAGAUGUUGAACGCAACUGGGGAGCCUGCAAGUUCACCAACUCUCAGUGCAUGGGAAAUAUGGCUGGUGAACAAAGCAAAAGAAGAACGUUUAAAAUUGGAAAGACAAGCAGAGGAGGAGCGGGUACAGAGAGAAAGAAAAGAACAACAGGAAAGGGAGCAGGCACAUAAAAAGAUUGUCAUGGAGGACAAGAUCCAAGAAUGGCUAAAGAUGAAAAGAGAACAGGAAAAGCACGAGCAACUGCUAAAACUGAGCAAAGUGGAGGAGGAGAUACAAAGGCAGCAGGAGAAACGGAGGGAGAUUGAACAGAAAGCUCAACAAAAGUACCGAGACUGGCUGCAGAAGAAGAACCAAGAAAAAAUAGAAAUGGAAAAGAAAGAGAAGGAGGAAGCUGCUCUGAAAGAGGAGCAGGAGAAAGAGCGCCACAGAAAAGCAGAGCAGAAGUUUCAAGACUGGCUGGCAAGAGCCAAUGAAAAAAGCAGAGCGAGUCCAAAAUCACCUUGCUACCCAACAAGUCCCUAUGACAAAUCCUACCCAUCCCCCAGUUUCUACAAUCCAAUCCCAUGGAAACCAAUUCAUGUUCCUCCUCCAGAAACACCACUCAAGAAAACGUCUGUCAAGAAACCUCAGAAACAAAGAAAAUGCCAGCAAAGCCCCUGCACUGCUUUAAGACUGAGAAACUCUGUCAGUGCAGCACAGUUGCUGCAGAGGAGAUGACACAGCAGACCGACAUCUAUGACUGAUGCGGUAGCUUAGUUACGGAUCAGAAAGGAUUUCUUCACCACUCAUCCACCCCACCACAGCUCAUGAACUUAGACACUGCUGAAUCACAGAAGUAUUUCUGCUCACUAAUAUGAAUGUGGUCAUUAAGCUACCAUAUUAUUUAUAUUUUAGUUUGUUAUGUUGUACACUGGAGCAAUUUUGUAGUAUUGCAUUAGCUAAAAUGUGUGUAUAUGUCUGAAUGUUUAUGAUUUUUUACAUGAUUUUACCAAGAUGUCUGUAAUUUGUUCUGAUACUUGAGUCAGCUUUUAUAUCAUAAUAUCUGACUUGAAUGUUACCAUCGCUAGACGUUUAAAGGCCUGGACUUUAUUUUGAUUUAUUGAAUCAAUUUGCUCUUGGAUGAAAAUAUAUUUGGAUAAAAGAGGCAUUAUCAGAAUAA